CCGCCUCCCGGCGCGCCACUGACGUCACCGCCGGCGCCUGAUAACGUCAGCGCCCGCCCCGCCGUCAUCGCGGCGCGCCGGGCCGGAGUGGCGCGUGGCGGUCGGCAUGGCGCUCUUUCACGUUGCGAGGUACGCGGGCCCCGAGGCGGCCGGGGCGGAGGCCGAGGCCGAGGCUGAGGCGGACGGCCGGGCUCGCGCGCUGCUGGAGCGGCUGCGGUGCCGGGCCCGAGAGCGGCAGCUGCAGAAGCAGCCGCCGCAGCAAGAGCCCGCGGAGGCCGCGGAGGCCGCGCAGACCGCGCAGGCAGCGGGGAAGCGGCGACGGCGGCCGCGCAGAACGCGGAGGUGCAAGAGCGGCGGGGCGCCGGGGAGCCCGCACGCACCUCCCUGCAAGCGGCGGAAGGCGGACAACGAGGAUGAGGACGCGGGCGCAGAGAGCAGCGAGGAGACGCCGGCGGCGGACAGCGUGGGCGCCGAAGCCGCUGGGUCGCCGGAGGGCCAGGGCGGGCCGCUCCCCGAAGAGGCCACUGGUCCCCCAGCCCACGCCUUGGUGCUCGGGGGCUUCGGGAGGAGCAAGGCGCCAAAGGUCCAGCCUUUCCUGCCAGCGUGGCUGGCUGAGCCAAGCUGCGUUGGAAAGAAUGUCACCGAAGGCCUGGUGUCUAUCGAGGAUAUCCCGGAAGUCCACCCGGACCUGCGGAAGAGGCUGCGGGCUCAGGGCAUCUCGUCCUACUUUCCAGUGCAGGCAGCAGUGAUCCCCGCUCUCCUGGAGAGCGCAGCCAGCGGGUUCCUGGUGAGCAGAGGCGGCUGCCGGCCCAGCGACGUCUGUGUUUCCGCCCCAACGGGCAGCGGGAAGACCCUGGCCUUCGUCCUCCCUGUGGUGCAGGCCUUGCUUCCGCGAGCCGUGUGCCGGGUUCGUGCCCUGGUUGUGCUGCCGACCAAGGAGCUGGCCCAGCAGGUGAGCAGGGUGUUCAACGUCUACGCAGAGGCCACUCCCCUGCGGGUUGCCCUGGUCACCGGGCAGAAGUCGCUGGCCAAGGAGCAGGAGAGCCUCGUGCAGGACACAGCAGACGGCUUCCGCUGCCUGGCAGACAUCGUGGUGGCCACCCCCGGCCGCCUGGUGGACCACAUCGAGCAGACCCCAGGAUUCAGCCUCCAGCACCUCCGCUUCCUGGUGAUUGACGAGGCCGACCGCGUGAUAGACAGCAUGCACCAGUCCUGGCUGCCGCGCGUGGUGGCCGCGGCCUUUCCCAGUGAGGCCGCUAGGGACCCCUUUGCUCUGCUCCAGAGAACGCAGCCCCGGGCUGUGACUGCAGCCAGCGUCUGCUGCCCCCAGAUGCCACUGCAGAAACUACUCUUCUCGGCCACCCUGACCCAGAACCCCGAAAAGCUGCAGCAGCUCGGCCUCUACCGGCCCCGGCUCUUUUCCACGGGGUCGGUGCACGGGGGCCCCAGAGACCCCGACGCGGACGGGGACUCGGGCGGGAAGUACACCUUCCCCGCGGGGCUCACGCACCGCUACGUGCCCUGCAGCCUCCGCCUCAAGCCGCUGGUCGUCCUGCACCUGAUCCUGGAGAUGAAUCUCUCAAGGGUUCUGUGUUUCACCAACUCCCGCGAGAACUCGCACAGGCUGUUCCUGCUGGUCCAGGCUUUCGGGGGCGUGCGCGUGGCUGACUUCUCCUCCCGCUAUGGGCCUGGCUCCAGGAAGCUGAUCUUGAAGCAGUUUCAGCAGGGGAAGAUCCAGCUCCUCAUCAGCACUGACGCCACGGCCCGUGGCAUCGACGUGCAGGGCGUGCAGCUGGUGGUGAACUAUGACGCCCCCCAGUACCUGCGGACCUACGUGCACCGGGUUGGAAGAACCGCCCGCGCCGGAAAAGCCGGACAGGCCUUGACACUGCUGCUCAAGGUGCAGGAGAGGAGAUUUAUCCGGAUGCUCGGCGAAGGCGGGGUGCCCGGGCUGCAGCGGCAUGACGCCCCCAGCGAGCUCCUGCAGCCGCUGGUCCCGCGGUACCAGGAGGCCCUGGCCCAGCUGGAGAGGGCUGUCAGGGAGGAGCGGAAAAGCGGAGGCUGCCUGCAGAGGCUGGGGACAGGCUGGCGAGGGCUCCCCCCGCGUGCUGGCGGGGCGCCCCCUUCCCGGAGACGUGCUGAGCGCUGCUUGCCAGACGCAGGAGCGGGAGCCGGGACCCCUCAGCCGGGGGAGCCUCGAGCCGCAGGCGCGCCUCUGCCCUGGGCCCGGCCCCCUGGACACAAGGCUCUGGCCCAGGCCUGA